AAGCAGCCGCGUUGAACGUGGGUUCGGGCGCUCCACCAAAAUGGCGCGGCCCUUUUUGUAUAUAUACUGCAUACUAAUGAUAGCCGCGUAUAUCGCGGCACAGGAUUACUACCAUACACCACGAACCGGACUAGCCCCAUGUUACAGCAAUGACGGACGACCCCAGCGAUGCAUCCCUGAAUUCGAAAACGCGGCAUUCAACGUACUGAUGGAAGCAACUAAUACCUGCGGCGAUAACGGGCCAAUGGUAUACUGCAUUCAGACCUCGGCGGCUACAUCCACGAGGUCUUGCGACUACUGCCACCAGGGUCAACUUACCAGCUACUAUCUGACAGACCUUCACCACGAUCAGAACAAUCAAACGUGGUGGCAAUCAGAGACAAUGAAGGAGGGCAUCCAGUACCCUAAUCAAGUCAACUUGACGUUACAUCUGGGUAAGGCGUAUGAUAUAACUUACGUCAAAAUCGUGUUCUACUCUCCAAGGCCACAGAGCUUUGCUAUUUAUAAGAAAACCAGCGAGGAGAAGGAUUGGGAUCCCUUCCAAUAUUUCAGUGCUUCUUGCCGUGAUACCUAUGGAGUACUAGAACAAAGAUCGGCUGACUUAGGUGCCGAAACAAGAGCACUCUGUACCAGCGAAUACUCUGAUAUAUCGCCCCUUUCUGGCGGGAACGUGCUUUUUUCGACUCUCGAGGGACGUCCUUCCGCGUUUACGUUCGACAGCAGUCCAGAGUUACAGGAAUGGGUGACAGCAACAGAUCUGCGUAUUUCUUUGGACCGCCUGAACACCUUUGGCGAUGAGAUCUUCGAAGAUAUACAAGUACUGCAGUCGUACUGGUACGCCAUUGCUGACGUCAAUGUCGGAGCUAGAUGUAAAUGUAAUGGGCACGCGUCAAUAUGCGAUACCAAUGAAUACCCUGAUGGUACCAAGACGAGGGCUUGCAGAUGUGAACAUAAUACAGCGGGUCGUGAGUGUGAGAGGUGCUUGGACUUCUACAAUGACGCGCCCUGGGGCCGUGCAUCAUCCACUAAUGUACACGAAUGCAAAGCUUGCAACUGCAAUGGUUUCUCCGACAAGUGCUACUUCGAUAAAGACCUGUACGAACAGUCCGGCCACGGUGGGCACUGCAUUGACUGCGCCGAGAACAGAGAUGGCCCCAACUGCGAGAGAUGCAGAGAAAAUUACUAUCAAGGAGAAAGGGAGAUAUGCCUUCCGUGUAAUUGUAAUCCUACUGGAUCGCGAAGUCUCCAAUGCAAUGCCCAAGGCAAAUGUCCAUGCAAACCUGGAGUGACAGGAGACAAGUGCGACGUGUGUUCUCCAAAUCAUUACGAAUUUACCAACCAAGGCUGCAAGCCGUGCGGGUGUAACGAAUCUGGUUCUUUCGAAAACAAACCACAAUGUGACCCUGUCAGCGGAAUUUGUCUCUGCAAGCAGAAUGUGGAGGGCAGACGUUGUAGAGAAUGCAAACCAGGCUUCUUCAAUUUGGACAUCGACAACGAGUUUGGGUGUACACCAUGUUUCUGCUUUGGGCAUUCGUCUCAGUGUAGUUCAGCUCCGAAAUACCAAGCUCAUGAAAUUAAUGCACGCUUCAUAAGAGACGCAGAAAAAUGGACAGCUGAAAACGAUCAGCAUCACCCAAUCGCUCUUCAGUUUAAUGCUAAUACACAGAACAUAGCUGUAACAUCGCGAGGAUCGGAGAUUGGCUAUUUCAUAGCAUCGAACCAGUUCCUCGGAGAUCAACGACCUUCCUAUAACCACGAUCUAAAGUUCACACUACGUUUGGGCGAAAGCAAUGCCUAUCCGUCAUCCCAAGACAUUAUACUGGAGGGCUCCCGUGCUUCUAUUUUUAUGAAUAUUUAUGGACAAAACAAUCCUGAACCAUCUGAUCAGCCUCAAGAAUACACCUUCAGGCUUCACGAAGAUCCACGUUACGGCUGGACACCUACUCUGUCAAACUUCGAAUUCAUGUCCAUCCUUCAGAAUUUAACUUCAAUAAAGAUUAGAGGAACAUACAAUAAAGGCGGGAUAGGGUAUUUGAUGAACUUCAAGUUGGAGACUGCGAAGGCUGGUCGAGAGAGGGGUUCAGCGCCGGCCAAUUGGGUAGAGAAGUGUACCUGCCCUGGUGCCUACGUGGGUGAUUAUUGUGAAGAGUGCGCGCCAGGGUUUAAACACGAACCCGCUAACGGAGGCCCCUAUUCCACCUGCAUACCUUGCGACUGUAAUGGACAUGCGCAUAUUUGCGACACUGCUACUGGUUUCUGUAUCUGCAAACACAAUACGACGGGCAGCAACUGCGAACUCUGUGCCAAAGGUUUCUACGGCAACGCCAUAACUGGUACCCAGGAUGAUUGCAAGGUCUGCCCAUGUCCAAAAGACAGUGGUUGUCUUCAACUAGUGGAUGGUAGCAUUGUCUGUACAGAUUGUCCAACUGGAUAUGCUGGGCCGAGGUGUGAGGUUUGUGCUGACGGUCACUUCGGCGAUCCUACCGGUCAGUUCGGUGCACCACAAGAAUGCGGGGAAUGUCAAUGUAACGGCAAUGUGGACCCCAAUGCAGUCGGCAACUGCAAUAGAACAACGGGAGAAUGUCUCAAAUGUAUUUACAAUACUGCUGGAGCGCACUGUGAUAAGUGCUUGAGUGGUUAUUUCGGAGAUGCCCUCGACCCGGAAGAGAAGGGUGAUUGUAAGCCAUGUCAAUGCCAUGAAGCGGGCACAUUGGAAAGUCCUGAAGGCCCGCCGUUGUGCGACGGCUUGACUGGUUACUGCUCUUGCCGUCCACACGUCAUAGGGAGAAAUUGCGACAAAUGUGAGGAUGGAUAUUAUAAUAUCAACUCGGGCGAGGGUUGCAAGCCAUGUGAAUGCAAUCUGGACGGUUCGUACAACUCGACUUGUGAUCCAAUCACCGGCCAAUGUUACUGCAAGCCCGGUGUCAUUGAUAAGCAUUGCGAUCGUUGUCGAUCCUACCACUACGGAUUCUCCACUGAAGGUUGCAAAAACUGCGACUGCGACAACUGGGGCUCCACGGACUACCAGUGCAACAUGUCUGGCCAGUGCUCUUGCCAGGAAAAUGUUGAAGGGCGCCGUUGUGAUAGGUGCAUGGAAAAUAAACAGAGGCGAGCAGAUGGACAAGGAUGUGAAGAUUGUCCUCCAUGUUACAACUUAGUGUUGGAUGCCGUCAAUGAUCAUAGACGCGAGCUAAAGGAUUUAGAUGAAAUAUUAGCGAAAAUAUCCAAAGCGCCUACAGUAGUCGAAAAUGCUGACUUUGACAUCGAAUUGAAACGCGUGAGGGCUGAGAUAGAACAGCUGGUACAGGACGCUAAAGCAGAGGCUGGUGGCGGUGGGGGUACCAGUUUGACGGACCAACUCUCUGAUCUCGCCAACCGACUUGCUGACGUCAGGAACAUGUUAUUGAAGACUGAACAUCAACGGUACGAUGGCAGCGAAGCGGUCGAGAACAGCAAACCUAACUUACUAAAAGCUCAAGAAACUAUUAAAGCAGCUCAAAAGGAAAUUGAGGACGCAAUCCAAUAUUUAGCAGGUGAAGGCGCUGAAGCAUUGAAGAAAGCUCGGGAGAGAUCUGAUCAGUUCGGUAAACAACAUGGCGAAAUGUCCAAAUUGGCAAAAGAAUCGCGUCUCCAAGUCGAGAAACUGGAGAACGAGGCAAAAAAUAUAAGGGAAAUAGCAGAAAAAGCUUUUAAUACAUCAUUAUCUGCUAAUAAGAUUGCAAAAGAUAGUAUCAAUAAGCAGGCUAAUAUCAGUAACGAAAUUCAAAUGUUUCCAAACGAAUUGAACGUAGCCUCCAGUAAAUUGGGCACAAUGAAGGACUUGGCUGACCAAGCCUUGAAUAAAUCUAAGUCCGUAUACGACGAAGCUGUAAGCUUAUUCACUAACGUCAAUGUUACAUUUUUAUCCGACAUCAAUCUAAAGAAAUUACGUCAAGAAGCUGUAGCGAUGAACAAAACGAUUAAUGAUAGAUUUUCGGACUACGAACAACUUGAGGACCAGAGUAAAAAUACUCGCCAAAAUUUGAUCGAAGCUACCAGUAAGGGGAAGCAGCUUUUAGACGACGGUCAUAAAAGUCAAGACGAGUUGAACGAUCUUUUAGCGAAGCUGGAUGAACUACGGGAAGAGGCUAGAGAUAACGUCAACUCCACAAACACGACAUUGAAAGACGCUAAAGAAAUUUAUAAAACCUUGAAGGAAUUCAGUGACCAAGUGAAAGACUCCCGCAUGGAGGCGUCGCGGGCUGUUCAAGACAUACCAUCGAUACAGGAGAAAUUGGUCGCAGCAGAGGAUAACAUCAAUAUGAUUACUGAUGACCUCAUUACGGCAAGCGACAAAGCUAGAGAUGCCAGGGACUUAGCUCUUAAGGCCCAGAAGGAAUACGCUGAUAAGGCCUCUGAGGAGGCGCAUAAUGUUAAAAAUAAAGCAUCCAGAGCUAAAACGGAGGCAAUUAAACUAAGGGAUGAGGCAGAUAAAUUAUCUACUCGAGUGAAAGGCACAGAAACCCAAAUUAAAUCCCUGGAGCUACAGGCGAAUGAGAGCAUGCAGUUGACAGAAGACGCUAAGAAAAAGGUGGGACUGGCGAAAACUGAUACUCGCGAGGCUGAGAGACAAGUCCUAAAGGGUCUCGAGGAUUUGCAGGCUAUAAAGAACGAAUUGGCAAAUCUUCUUGACUUGGAUGAUAAUGCACUGGACAAUCUCGAGAAAAGCUUGGACGAGGUAGAAGAGAAAUUGAAGGCGGAAAAUCUGGCAGAUAAGAUUAAGUCCCUCGAACAGGCCAAGACUAACUAUCGCGGAUGGAUGAAGCAGUACCAAGCCGAAUGUGACCAUCUGGAAAGCGAAGUCGACAACAUAAAAUUGAUACUGUCCGAAUUGCCAAACGGCUGUUUUAAAGGCAUCACUUUGGAACCGACCGAAGGGCAUAGUAGGAACAUUUAGGAUAGGUAGUUUAAGUUAAUAUUCGUAGUUUUAGCACACAUUUCGAAAGUAAUUUCGAAGGCAUUCACCGCGCAAUAAGCCGAAAAUGACACUUCACGAACGUAGCGGACAUUGUCAUGCAAUUAAAUAUGUUGUUCUUAUCACCUGUUUUAUUGUUUAUCACAUAAAUACAAGUGGUAAUACAAUAUAUAAAUGAUAAAACCAUAAAUAUGUUUCUUAUGAGCUCGCUAAUCGUCUUUCGAGCUUAUAAUGAACAUACUCAUGGUAAAUAUCACAUUAAAUAUUAAGUUUAUAUAUAUAUAUUAUAUUAUAUAUGCAUUGAAGUAGUAAUACUUGUUUUAUCUGGAUUGAACAAUUGCAAAGGAUGGAUGAAAGGAGAAUAAUGAAAGAGAAUGAGGCAGAUUACAUGGAAAUGGUGCUAGGAUACUGCAUAGACGGACAUAUGAAUAUUGAUGAAAGAAUGUAGAGGAUGCAAGAGAAACAUGGCGUCUCUGCCUGUCUCAUAGGAGACAGACGUGACGAUAUGUAUGUUUGUAUGAGAACUGUUGUUACCAGAGAAGUACCUUAUCAAGUACAGGACAAGAUUACUACCUAUAUGUUUAAAACGCGGGUUAUUACUAUGUCCGUUCUGGAUAUACGGGACCUGUCGUUAAUGUGGCGAGUAUAAAAAAAUGCCAUAAGCAUUAAACAGGUUCCCAUUUUAUAAUUCUAGUAUAAUAAGUGAAUGUUUGGAAAGAGCCGGAAUUAAGUGGAAUUACAUCAAUAGACUUGUGGUAUAAAUGAGUUACAACCGUUAUGAGGUGUAUGGAAGAUACAGAUUACAUACUUAUUGUGUUUUAAUUGUUAUGACUAGUAGUAAGAUCUUAUUUCUAUUGUUACUAACGGUAAACUCGUAUAUAACACGAAGUCGUCUGCUAUAAUAUUUGGAAGAAUUUUACAGCAGAUUCAGCACUGUUUUCCGGUUAUGAUUGAUUGAUGGAGUACCUAUCUAUACUGAAUCUAAUUAUUGUGACCAACACAGACGACAUAAAAAAUAUCUUAUAAGAGGCCCAUAAUUAUAGCAUCAUAUCACGUAGUACAAUAUAUUGUAAAUUGAAUGAUCAACUGCAUAGUAAUGCCACGUAUUUUAGACACCAUCUUUGUAAGGUGUGAUUCGCUUAAAAGCAUAUGGCAGUAAAAUUACAGAGUAUUUAGGCAAAUCCGUCCUCUGAAAUGGCGACGCAAUUGCACACUAUG